GAUGGACAAACGGCAUCGGAGGAUUGAUACGAUUGUUGAGCUCCUUUUUGCCAUUACAGUACCGCUUUACUGUCGGUAUCACUGGACAAGCUAUUGCCGCGAUUGCCUAUCCAUUUAUCAUGUCGCUGCGUCGUGGUUCCCUGACAAUCAGCGUGGGCUCGCAACAACUAUAGGUGUGAUGUCGAACCCUCUUGGAGUACUUCUUGCCAAUGUUAUAAGCCCUCAGAUGGUUAAAGCGCCUCAGCACGUUCUUUAUUUGAAUAUUUUCACAUUUGUGCCUUCUGCAGUCGCCAUGAUUCUUGCUACAUUCUUUGUCAGAAGGAGUGAGCCAAAAAUUCCUCCGACAUACAGUGCAAGCAAGCCGCAGAUGGACUUCAUUCCUGGUAAUGAGAGAAUUGCCCUUUUGCCUUUUGAUGCUGGUCUCAAAUCAUGCAUGACCUCAAAACAAUAUCUCAUUCUCUUCUUCGUUAUGGGUGGUGGAAUCGGCAUGUUCAAUUGUUUGUACACUAUCAUGCAGGAACUGUUGUGUCCGUCUGGCUAUUCCAACUCUUUCGUUGGCAUCUGCGCUGCGUUGAUGAUCAUCGGUGGUAUCGUUGGAGCUGCAGGAAGCGGUAUUUUCGUUGAUCGCACGAAGAUGUACGAGGAAACCAUGAAGGUCGCAAUGGGGUUAGCAGUUGUAUUUGGUCUCAUUUUCAUGCAGGUUAAAAUUUGCCAUCAGCUUAUGCUAUGCCUUUUCUAUAACAUGAAAAGUUUCUUCAUUCCCUCUUUAUAGCU